GUGUGUACACAUGAAUCAGUUCCAGAUGAAGGUAAAGAAUCCUUCUUUUUCCAAAACCAUAGGUGAGUGAUCAUCAUCCAUCCAAUGGAGAGAAUAGAAGACGACCAUCAACAUGAAUCAACGAUGACUGAUGAAUAUACCAACUUGUUAGAUUAUCACAAUGGCUCAACGUCUCACCUACAGACGCCGUUUGUCUUACAACACUCGUUCCAACCGUGUUAAGGCCGUCAAGACUCCUGGUGGUAACCUUGUCUACCAAUACGAAAAGAAGCCUGUCAAGGCUCCUCGUUGUGGUGACUGUGGUGAAACUCUCGCUGGUAUCAAGGCCCUUCGUGCCCGUGAAUUCGCCACUGUUUCCAAGACCAACAAGCACGUUAGCCGUGCCUACGGUGGUUCUCGUUGUGCCCACUGUGUCAGAAACCGUAUUGUCCGUGCUUUCUUGAUUGAAGAACAAAAGAUCGUCAAGAAGGUCCUUAAGGCUCAAAAAUAAAUAGCUCUCUGACAAACUUGCUUUGUGAUUUUUCGAAUAAAAAAAUCCAGAUACACACAUGUACAGAACAGAUUUGUUUGAUUUAUUAUAUAUAUGCACAAAUGAGGGAGGGGAAUGAGGAUUAUUUCUUUAGACGUUUGCCUUGUUUAGAGUUGUCUAAUGCACCUUUACGUUUCACAGAAGCAACAAGUUGUUGAAGAGACGACUUGGAUUUAGUUUCGCCUAAACCAGACUCAGUUUCUUUAGACUUCUUUUCCUUUUUCCAGUUGUCAUUCUCGGCCAUACUGCCUUCCUUCAUCUUUUGUUGUCUAGCGUUCAACAACUUCUGCAUGCUCUUUGUCUUUUUGAAUUGAGGGUUGGUAGGAUCAAUAGCAAAAUGGUGCGAU